AUGAGUUCAAACCCCCCUGCUGAACGGAAGAAUUCCACUCAGGCCGACAAGGCCUUGGACCAAAAGCCUGCGUCCCCAGGAGCGCUACCCGCCAGCAACGCCGCGAGUGCUGUUCCUGAGAUACCGAAAGGACCAUGGGGCGAUCGUGGCGUCACCUUACCUACGACCGGUUUAGGGAAACCAAGCAAGGAUGACAAUGACUCGAGCUUGAAUGUGAGGAUCAACUUGGACUUAAGAGCAGAUGUUGCAUUAGAGCUUCAUGCAGUGGUUCAGGGAAAUGUUACGAUCGGGCUAUUCUAG